AGCAGCCAGGGGCCAGAACAGCCCAGCUCCCCUCCCAGGAGAUGCCCAGGCCUCUCCCUCUCUCUACCUUUCUCUCCCUGCCUCCAGACAGCCGCCUGCUCCCUCUUCAGCCCUCUUAGGAUUGCAGAUUAAGCAAACAGCCGUCCUACACCUGAAUUCUCAUUUCCCUCCUGCCACCAAACUUCCUGUCCUGGGCACACCCCCGGCCCAGGGCAACAUCUCUCCAAGUGCCGUCCAGGGUCUCAGGCGGAAGGAGAGGGAGAGCUUUCAGAGAAGGGACACAUGGGCAGAGUCCUGAGGGCGAAUAGGAGUUCAGCAGGCAGAUAAGAAAGGGGAAAAGCAUUACAGGAAGCAGGAAGAGCAGGCACAAAGGCACAGACACAGGAGGGAACAUGUGUGUUCUGGAAACCUCAGGCAGGUCGGAAUGACGGGGACUUCAGAGAGCAAGAGGGGAAUAAGCAGGAGGUUCCAAUGCCUGCCACCUGCUACUACUGACCCCAGGAAGAUGGCCGGUCCAUGGACCUUCGCCCUCUGUGGUUUGCUGGCAGCCACCUUGGUCCGAGCCACCCUCAGCCCUGCUGCGGUUCUCAGCCUCAGCCCAGAAGUCAUUGAAGGAAAGCUGACACAGAAGCUGGAGGACCAUGAUGCUGUCGACAUCCUCUGGCGGCUGCCGCUGCUCAGCACCAUGCGGGAGAAGCCGGCCGGGGGCAACCCCAUUCUAGGCAGCCUGGUGACCUUCCUCAUGAAGUAUAUCAUCUGGCUGAAAGUCACCUCAGCCAACAUCCUCCAGCUGCAGAUACAACCUUCAGCCGACGGCCAGGAGCUGGUGGUCAAGGUACCUCUGGACAUGGUAGCUGGAUUCAACACGCCCCUGGUCAAGAGUAUUGUGGAGAUGCACAUGGAGACGGAGGCCCAGGCCAUCAUCCGAGUGGAGACCAGCGAGAGGGGCGGCACUCUUGUCCUCCGCAACUGCUCCAACAGUCAGGGGAGCCUGCGCCUCAGCCUGCUCCGUCGCUUCUCCUUCCUGGUCAACUCCUUAGCCGACAAGGUCAUGAGCUUCCUGGUGCCAACCCUGCCCACGCUGGUGAAAAGCCAGCUGUGUCCCGUGAUCGAGGCAGCCUUUGAGGACAUGCAUGAGGACCUCCUGCGCCUGGUGAGGGUGCCCGUUUCCCUCAGCUCUGGCCACUUGCAGUUUGACCUUCUGUCUCCUGCCAUCAAGCAUGAUGUCAUCCAGCUCCACCUGCAGGCCAAGUUGUUGGACUCACAGGGAAAAGUGACCAAGUGGUUCAAUGAGUCUGCAGUCUCCCUGACCAUGCCCACCCUGGAAGGUGAACCUUUCAGCCUCACCAUAAGGCAGGAUGUGGUGAAUGCUGCAGUCGCUGCCUUGGUCCCUCCGGAAGAACUCAUGGUCCUGUUGGACUAUGUGCUUCCUGAGCUGGCCCUCCGGCUAAAGUCGAGCAUGAAGGUGAUCAGUGAAACGGUUGCAGAUCAGCUUGGACCCACACAGAUCGUGAAGAUCGUAACUCAGGAGACCCCAGAGCUCCUUCUGGACCAGGGCAGAGCCAAGGUGGCCCAGUUGAUUGUGCUGGAAGUGUUUGCCAACAGUGAAGUCCGCCGCCCCUUCUUCACCCUGGGCAUCGAAGCCAGCUCGGAAGCGUGGUUUUACACCAAAGGUGACCGACUUAUGCUCAACCUUAAUCAAAUCAGCACCGAUCGAAUCCACCUGAUGAACUCCGGCAUUGGCCUGUUCAACCCUGAACUUCUGAAAGACAUCACCGCUGAGAUGCUCACCUCCGCCCUGCUGCCGAAUGAAAAUGGCAAAUUAAGUUCCAGGAUCCCAGUGUCAAUGGUGAAGGCCUUGGGAUUCGAGGCAGCCUCAUGUUCUCUGACCAACGAUGCCCUCGUGGUCACCCCGGCCUCCUCGUAGAACCCCGGACCGCUCUCCUCUCUCCCGGUGAAGACUUGGGCGGUGGCCAUCCAGGGCGGGCUGGGUCCCAGUGGGAGUGUGGGAGCCAACUCUGUAGACUGCCCCUCUCUGUGAAAAAUAAAUACUUGCCUGUGA